CCUUAUUAUGGCACCAUAUAACCUCGAGGCCGACGGCUUGUAACAAGUAUGUAUACAUAGACGACCCUGGCACCCAGCGGCAAGUCCCGCUCGCAGCUGUAUCAUAUACAUCCGCCUCUCCUUGGAGCAACGUGUUCAAACCCUUGACAAUCUAUAAUGUCCUUAAAACAAGACCGAAGAAAUCACUCCUGGAUUAGCCGUUUCCUAGCCUCCCUCCGUCGUGUAUUCAUGUCAGAGCAUCCUCCUGGACUCCCAGCUUUAAGGUUUCACUGCCCACAUGGGCCUGAUGUCGGUAGCGCGUCAGUUAUGAGUUGGUGUUCCUCGAUGGCCGAUUCUUGGGACAAAACCCACGGUAAUCUGUACUCAAAGUGUCUACUGGCACGCAUGGAGUACAGCAAGUGUGCUGGCCAUCCCGAACACGAGUUCCUCGUGUUUUAUUUUAGCCAUUGGCUCGAUGGCUGCUCCGCUCAGGCUGUAGUGUCUGCAGACCGUGCCGUGCAAGGACAAGGCCGUUCCCUCAAACAAUCAUCUGAAUUAAUCUCUCCCUCAUCAUCCGACACCAACGCGUAUGACUCCGUAUCUAUUUAUGGUUCCCCCCGCGAUGCAGCGCCACAACUUCAAGUCAGAUAUGCACCAUACAGCAGACUCUGUACCUUCGACUUUCCUUCAUCUUCUGCGCCCUCGGCACUUCAAGUGUCCACGGUCCUGUCUCUGGUACACCGCCAGGCGCCAGCAUAUGAUUUGUAUGAAAACCAAUGCUAUUGGUUUUCGAGCGUAGUGUGGGGCAGCUUGAAAGAGCUGUUCCCUAGUGAUGAAGAGUCAGAUUGUGAAAACCAUCGCGCACGCGCUCGUUAUCGCGGGGUCGCAUUAGGAUCACCGACUGAGGAUAUCGAGGCUGUAUGCGCUGCAUAUCAGACCGAGUGGCAGAAGAUGUUGGAGACAGUUGAGCAGACAAAGCACCAUCGCGAAGCUGAAGUAGCACAGAUUCGACAUGAAGCGCUCGCGGAGCAACAGCCCGAAAUUGAUCAACUUCGCCAAGAAAUCGACCAACUUCGUGCGAGACUUGCAGCCCACAAUCUCUGACCUCACACCUUUGCCACCGCCGCAUGUUAUUCUAGUAUAGAUUCGUUUCAUUAUCGCAUCUCAACAGUCACUGCCCCAGUUCGUCGCAAGCAUUGCUUGGGUCCAUUUGCAUUAGUACAGUAUAUACAUGAGUUAGAACAGCAUAACAGAAUGUACGUCCUUGAGGCAGGUGUCUGAACAAUGAAAACUUUGAUAUUUGCGCGACUCC